AUGGCGCAACGCCCGGUUACUAUCCCGGAGAGCGAUCAAAUCACCGCCUUGUCCUUCUUGAAGCUCGUCCGAGUCCAGCUCGCGUCGUCUUCUCCGGCCGUCUACGAGGAAUUCCUCAGCCUCCUGCUGAGCUUCGGCGUUGGAACGGGCCCCAGUCCCGACGCCGUCAAGGACCGUGCGUACGCGCUCCUCCGCGGACACCCCGACCUCGUCCGCGGCUUGGCCGUCUUCCUCCCCGGCGAGGACGCGCCGGGGCCCGCACGCGAGGACCCCGCGCCCACGCGGCCCAGAAGGGACCGCUGCCCUACGCCCGCCGUCGUCGAUGACGUCCGGAGGUUCCUCCGUCAGGUGAAAAGCAGGAAACCGGAGGCGUACGACAGCCUCCUCGAGCUGAUCUUCGACGCCGGCCACGCCAAGGACCUGAACCAAAUCUACCGGCGGGCCCUGGAAAUCUUCGGCCACCCGCGCAGCUACUUCCUCAGCGAGUUCGUCAAGUACCUCCCGGUCCCGACGGAGCUGGAGCGCGCCUCGUUACCGAGACGCCGCGCGAAUAAGGAGACACGGCCAGAAUUAGAGCACCGUGCUCACGCGCCCAAGCGCAAGGAGCCAUGGCCGGAAGAGCACCGUGCUCACGCGCCCAAGCGCAAGGAGCCGUGGCCGGAAGAGCACCGUGCUCAAGCGGCGCCCAAGCGCAAGGAGCCAUGGCCGGAAGAGCACCGUGCUCAAGCGGCGCCCAAGCGCAAGGGCACCGCCGCCACCGUCGUCGCGGCCGACUACCCCAGCAGCGCGCCGAAGAGGCCCCGCUCCGAGGACCGGAGGACGACGAGCCGCCGCGCCAAUUCCCCCGCCGACGCCGACGCCUCCAAGACCCCGUUCAGGGAGUCGUGGGAGUUCGAGACCACGUACACGAAGCUGGUGGCCACGGUCACGCGCACCGAGGAGCUGCUGGAGCAAUACGAGAAGCCGGAGACCGCGCCGCCGCCGCGCGGCCGGCGCGAGUUCGAGGAACUCUUCCCCGACCCCGAGUGCCUGGAGGUGCUCCAGGAGAUGUACCAGGACAUGUUUGAUCGGAUCCGGGCCGCGCUCGAGGACGGCGCGCGCACCGAGCUGGCGCUGAAGACGAUCAGGCGCAGGCUCGAGAUGCUGGAGCAGCUGGCCGUGAGGAGGGCCAUGGAGUGCCGGGACCCCGCCCGCGUCGAGGGCAGGAUGCACAAGCUCGCCGUCGAUCGGGUCAAGGUUCUUCUUAAGAGACGGGCCAAGAAGGCCGCCAGGAUGCGUGAACUUGCCAGUUAG